CGGCGGAGUACGAUCGGCGCCGCGUCGGUUGGGUGCUUGCGAUGAAGUACGAAGAAAGCCACGCGCUCAAGAGAUAUGAAGUACGCGUGAAUGUACAACAAUUUAUGGCCGUGCGCUCGCCGCAGACGACACUCAUGGUGACGUUGAGUGGCGAACACCACCACCUCGCAAUGGACCAAUUGAGCAAUGUGUUGAUGGAAAAACGCGUGCUCCACAGCGUUGUCACGAGCGACGGACGCAAGACGCUGAUUGUUGUCGAUGACAUGCCCAGCGUUUGGUCGAGUGCUGUCCAGUGCGGAGUCACGGUGAACAUCCAUCGAGAGAAAGGACCGAUGUCGAACUUUGUGUUGAACGAACUCUGCUGUGCACUCGUCUUGCUUCAAAUCAAGGCUGCGGGAAGUGUUCACAUGGGUCAAAACGGACUUUUCACGAUGAACAAGCAAUUGCGACCAGACGAAGUGCAGUGCGUACAAAUCCACGACAUCCGACUUGUCGGCCAUCAUGUCGUCAUGUCGUUCUCCCCCGUCGUGUACGCUAUGAAGACUGCCGAUACGUUUAUUCGAGAGAUGCGAUCAAGUCAAGCGACUCUUACCGAUGACGUGAUUUCUCGCAACGUCGUGACCAAUGCGCUCUUACACGCCGUUCCCGGCAUGAAUGAGUGCAGGGUGCUUCAAUAUACAUCCAUAGCCCCGCCGCCAACCAACCUGAUGCGGUUGAACCUCGAACGCGGCCAUUGCAAGUUCAUUCCACAAACCGAAGCGGACUAUCGAACGUACUGGAAAGCAGUGCAUUGUAUCCACUUGCCGGACGACUUUGGCGGGUACAUGCGCGUCCAGUUUGCGUCUGGUGACGAGUUCACAUACCCGUCUUCGUGUGUGGCAACCAACUUUCACAUCCUCCACAAGCAGUCUCGUCUGGAAGCGCAAGACAUUGCGCGCAUGCUGCUCUUCACACUCAAGGUUGGGUUCGGCAAAGCCGCCGUUGUCAUGCACGACGAUCACCGUGAAUCCAAAACCGCCCAACUCUUGCCAGCAUCGGCCCUCGUGGGCGACUCGUUUCACUCGGGCACGACGCACGGCCACACUGUUCGAAAACGACCCGAGAGUCCGUUGUCGAACUCGACGAAACGACAACGAGGUGGUCACCUGUAAAUGACCCACUUCCAUGGCGCAUUCUUCACGCGAUUCCAUAUAUUGACCUACUUGAAUUAACUCAUUUAAACCCCACUGUCUGCUCUUCCUU